UGCUACCGUCCACAUAACCGUAUCCGAUGUGAACGAGUACGCUCCGACUUUUUCGGAGCCGAGUUACGUGCGCCAAGUGGACGAGGGUAAAAUCUACCACGAGAUUGUGAAGGUCGAGGCGAACGAUCGCGAUUGCACCCCAAAGUUCGGCGACGUCUGCAAAUAUGAGAUUCUGACUUCGGAUCAGCCGUUCGUGAUCGACAUCGAUGGAGCGAUUCGCAACACAGAACCGCUGGACUACGAGCGUUCCCACAACCACAUCCUGAGCGUCGUCGCCUACGAUUGCGGUAUGAGGGAGAGUUUGCCGGUAAUGGUGACCAUCAAAGUGAACAAAGUGUGCAGAUUGGGUUGGCGCGGAUUACCGGAGCGUGUGGAUUACGCUCCGACGACCGGAAAGCAGGAAUUGUUCCCGUCCGCCAGUUUGGAGCUGUGCGAUGUUCCUUGUAACGUCCGCGAAUUAAGAACGAGGGUCGAUUUGGCGACGAAGCACAUCGGCAAGGGCUGCGACAGGGACACGUACAGCGUACAAUCGCAACGGAAAUUGUGCGGAGCUUCGCCGAACGCCGUCGAUCUGUUGCCAAGUCCUGGUCUCGGCGCCGAAUGGACGAAGCCUUUGAUCUCUGACGAGGGACACGAGAGCGACCAAAUGUUCGGCUUCGACGGUCAGAGUACAGCCGUGACCGUUCCCAACACCGUAUUGGACCACAACCUUCCGCCGACGUUCACCGUCGCAACCUGGAUGAAACACGGUGUCCAUUCAGGUCAAGAUAAGCACGUGAAAGAGCACAUCAUUUGCAGCGCCGACGAUCACAAAAUGAACAGACAUCAUUACGCUCUGUUCGUGCGCAAUUGCCGUCUGAUACUUCUGUUGCGUCGUGACUUCAGCGAGGGCGAUUUGAACAUCUUCAGACCAGCCGAGUGGCGCUGGAAGUUGCCUCAGGUGUGCGACGACCAGUGGCAUCAUUACGCGGUCAACGUGCGUUUCCCCGACGUCGAACUGUACGUCGACGGACAGAUCUUCAGGGCCGAGAAGAAAAACCCGGAGGUAAUCGAUGACUGGCCUCUUCAUCCGACCAAAGGGAUCAACACCACGUUGACCGUCGGCGCCUGCUGGCAAGGAUCUGAUAACAAGAUGAAGCAUUACCUCAAGGGAUAUCUGGCCGGUCUGAGCGUUCUCGUGGGAGAAACGGAGAAACCCGAAGUUCUGAGUUGCCUCCACCAGUGCAAGGAGAGUCUCCAAGUUCCCGCGAUGGAACUGCUGCAGCCGGGAAUGGAAUUAUUGACGAACUCCGAUUUGACCGAAGUUACCGUCGAAGGAGACAACAGGACGAACUUGGAGACUCUGGUCAGGAAAAUUGGGUACAUCAAUAGCCGCGAGUUUCCGAGUCCCGGCAGGAGAAACCUGAGGCUCACGACGACGGUCACCUGCGAUAACGGGAGAGCAGUCAAAGUACCGGACGCACAAACUUACGUAAUGGUUCUGAGACCGCAAACGCCGAGCAUCGGCAUCAACGGAACCGGUAAUUUGGCCCGAAAAUACGAGGACUUUAGGAUGGGCGUCCGAGUGCUCGCCGACGUGCACAUCGCCGGUGAAAAGAAACUGGACAAAUGCUCCCUGACCAUUUAUCCCAACCUGAAUCCCGAUCAUGAGAAUCUCAGCGUUCCCGAGGAGAUGCUCAAGAAACUCGGGAUGGCGGCUCGCGUUUCCAAAGAUGGCGUCACCGUCGCCGGAUCCGAUAUGUUCUACAAUUAUCAGCUGGUCUUGAGACAAAUCGUCUACACCAACCGCAAACCGGCCUACUAUUUGAAUCGCGUCUUCAAGCUGACUUGUUCCGAACUGAAUGGCCGUUUCACUUCAAAUGAAUACGUACAAACCUUAACUGUAAUUCAUCCGACACCUAAAGAACCCAUGGUAGCCCACGCUCAAGUUAACAAUAAACAUGCCAUCGAGAUGCACCCAGCCUCCGUCGUGAGUCGCGAUUACAUGACCCCAAGCGAUCAUCUUUUAGCUAACGGAAGCUCUCAUCCGGUCGCAAUAAUCGUCGUCGUAUGCAUCAGCUUCUUGGUCUUCAUUAUUGGUCUGGGAGUGGCAAGGAUACGCGCCGCCCAUCACAAGAGCAGCUCGGAGGAAGUGCAGGAUUCCGAAAUGACCUGGGACGAUUCGGCUCUCACCAUCACCGUCAACCCAAUGGAGAGCGCCGAACGAAAGAUCGAAGGUACCGCCGAAUUUUCCGAAAGCGAACAAUCCGAUUCCGAGAGUUCCUCCGACGACGAGGACGACGACGACGAGGGUGGCGUCGUCGCGGCUCACCGCAUCCCCGAUUCUUCCGAGGAGGACGAAGAGGAGGAGCGAGUGCAGCGCACCAAUCGUAAGCAUGGCGGUAAACACGCCUACCAGAACGUAAGCCAAUUGGAGUGGGACCACUCCAAUAUGUAAGACGAGCGCGCGACACGACGGUACUUUUGAUCGGGUUUCAUGGGGGAUUUCAAACAAAGCAAACAAAAAA